AUGAAGGAAGAUGAACCUCCUGUACAAAUGAAGAACGAGCAGAAGAAGUUGCUUGAAACCACCUCUAUAGAGAAACAGGACGAGACGCCAAUACCGGUACAGUACCAGAAGUACAAGAAACUAUUCGAAGAAAGAAAAGGCUAUAAAGCUUUAUCAGAAUACAAGCCAUGGGAUCACGAGAUAGUAUUGGAGGAAGGCAAGAUGUCUCCAUUUGGACCAAUCUAUCCAAUAUCAGCCUCUAACCUAAGGACGCUUAGGGAUUAUAUUGGCGAUUUUGAUCUACGAAACGGAUUUCACCUCAUCAGAAUGAAGGAAGGUGAAGAAUGGAAAACAGUAUUCAGAACUCGAUACGGAUUAUACGAGUAUCAGGUUAUGCCAUUCGGAUUAACAAACGCAUCAGCAACAUUUAUAGAAUGGGAACCCCCAACCAACGUGAAGGAAGUACAAUCCUUCCUGGGGUUCGCCAACUUUUACCGACGAUUCAUUAAGAACUAUUCAAAGAUAGCCGCUCCAAUGACCGAGAUCAUUAAGAAGAGUCAAGGGGAAUUCCGAUGGACAGAAACAGCACAAGAAGCAUUCGAACGCUUCAAGGAAGCAUUCGCAGAAGAAUUAGUCCUCAGAGCAUUUGAUCCAGAAUUACCAAUAAUUGUGGAAACAGACUCCUCAGACUAUACAAUAGGAGCAAUGUUGACCAAACUAAAUUAUAAGAUAUACGACAAGGAAUUACUAGCGAUAGUAGAUGCUUUUAGGGAAUGGAGAGUGUACUUGAAAGGAUCAAAAUACACAGUGCAGGUGUAUACAGAUCACAAGAACUUGGUUUACUUCACUACAACGAAGGAAUUAAACAGAUGGCAGGUCCGUUGGUCGGAAAUCAUGGCCGCCUACAACUUCAGAAUUUCAUAUGUCAAAGGAAACGAAAAUGCUAGAGCAGAUACUCUCAACCGAAAACCAGAAUACUUACAAAACAAAACACACGAAUCACAUACAAUACUAAAGCAGGAUGGCGACACUUUAGUUCACAACAAACCACAACUUGCUGCUACAUCAGGAAUAAAUUAUGAUACUAUCAAAGAUAUCAUAAAGACAGAAUACUCAACAGAUACUACAGCUAAGAGAAUCCUAGCUAUACCAGACAAUCCAGAAAGAGAAUUCACCAUCGAAGAUGGAUUCAUCCAUUUUUAUAGCAAGCUUUAUAUACCCUCCAAUCUAGCUAAGGAUUAUGUCAUAAAACAAUAUGAGCUCCCAGCUCACAGGCAUCAAGGUAUUGCAAGAACCUUUGCCAGAAUAAGGAAAAAAGUCUACUUUCCAAAGAUGAGGACUAUAGUUGAGAACGUAGUUGAGAACUGCAAUACCUACAUAAGAAAUAAAGCCGCCCAGCACACACCUUAUAGCCAGCUCAAGACCCCCGAACUACCUACUCAACCAUGGAAGUCCAUUGCUUGGGAUUUUGUAGUAAAACUAUCAUUAUCCAAAGACCCAGUCACCCAGAAGGAUUAG